AUGCCUCGCCGCCAGUUCGUGGCAGAUCUCCGCAAGGUCCAGGAGGGUCUCCUGCCUGAAGGAAUCACAGACGUAAAGGCGGGCGAAGAUGAUGGCCAGCUCGUCUUCACUUUUGUUGGCGCGCUCGAACCAUGGAAGAUCACAGCUCUGGUGCCUGAGCUGGCGGACUAUCCUACCUCACACGAGUACAUGAUGUUUGCAGACGACAACGCGCCUCGCUUCCUCUCCACCGCGCUGAACAGCGUGCGAGGAACCGGCCGCAAGACUGUCUUGGAAUUGUUGCACAUUGUAUCCACCACGCUUAUGAAUAAAGUCGUUUCGGAUAAUGAUGGUGACUCGCAGAUGGAAGAUGCCCUCUUGGAUGAUGCAGAGCAGUUCGACGACGAAGAAGACAGUGACGGGGACAUCUACGAUUCCGACCACGAGGCCUUCGAUCUCAAUCCGCCUGCUCACAACGCUGCUUAUGCGACACAAGCUCCAAGCGCAACACCUCGGACCGGAGGCUCUAACCGCCAAUUCCGUGCACGAGUUCGCGCUGAUCUGCGGGAGGCGAAGCAAGCCGGCUUCAAGGUCGGAUACUUGGGCCAUCUUCUUGAUGGCUACAAUGCAUAUGUAACUGUCGCCAUCCGCAUUGCCAAGCUUGGAAUCUCGGAAGAAGCUAUGCAGGCUUGGCAAAUAGAGCCAUCAGACUACCUCAUUCUGAUAAUACAAUACCCGAACGGGUACAAGACCAACGAGGAACUACAGCGCUAUGACAGCAUUCGACUGAUCUCCAACUCGGGUAUCAGAGUUGUCACCGGAAAGAAGUACAAGCCGACGCUGCAGGAGGCAAUCAAGGCCUUCACCGCCGUGCGAAAGGAAUCACGCCCAAGCACCACUGCAAGCGAUUUGCCCGGUCCCGAAGCAACGGAGGAGUCGUCCAUUCGAGACACCUUCAUCUCCAAGCCUCUGGUAACUCUCCUUCAAGAGCGACUGGUGCCACUGUUACGCUUUCGUAGUACGGGUAUGGAUUGGCUUGGAGCAGAAGGAUGGUAUCGCCAUCACAUGGAGGCAGGAGCGGGCGAGGAGAAAAGUGAUGCUGUGCCUGAUGAGUACUUUGCCGAGGAAUCUGUACCUGAUUCAUUGCCUCCCAUCAUGCACCAAGAUCAUUACAAGACGCGUGGGAUCACUCAGUACUCUUUCCCGCUUCUCGCCAUGCAAUAUCUGCUUCGGCAUUUUGUCCGAUGUACAGAAUUCUGCCUUGUGUGCCACCGGAAGCUCGACACCGAAGUAGAGGCGAUCAAACCAUACGUGUGCGAUGACAGCCUUUGCCUCUAUCAAUACAUGUCCCUUGGUUUUGGGCCCAGUAUUGAGUAUGAGCUCCUGGCACAACCCUUCGUUGUGGACCUUCUCAUCUCGUUUUGUUACAAUAGCGCUGCUAUGCUUAGACUGAAGGACUUUCCGGAUGGUCUGUCUCUGCAGGUGCCGCCUGUCGACUCUACAGCGCACAUAGCGACGGACCAUUACUCCCGACCAUAUCCUCCUGCGGGAUCGCCUGCUGGCAAGGGCGCAACGCCGAAAAAGAAGGAGAAGGAUCAUGCCAGCUACAAGGUGGGAUUCGACCGCUCCAAGCUCGAGAUCAUUUUUCACGAUUCUUCGAUCAAGUGUCCGGUGCGGACGGGUAGUUGGAUCGUGAUACAGAGCGUCGCAAUCGCAGACUCGGAUCUGCAUUGUCGCGUUUCAGACACCACCUAUUUCCCAACCAUCUCGAUCAACGAGCCGGUCAUCGUUCCUAGCCCAGAGAACGGUGUUGCUUCCACCAAAACCCCGACUUUACAGACACCAGCUGCUACCCGACCGGUCAGCCCAGCCACCACCGCUCCAAAUUGGACUCCUGCCGAAUUCCAGAUAUACGAUCAGGAUUUCAUCUCGCUUGGUAAGACCGAGAAGUGCGUUGCAAUCACGAGAUUGCUGGACACAUUGCCGGAUGUCAUGCAAAUGAGAGAGCAUCUUUCGGCCCAUCAAACCGCAGAGCUCAAGAGUUGGAUCGAGCGGAUUUCGCCUUCCGCGUUGGCCCUACUUCGUUGGAUCAUUGCCAGCAACCGCGCAUGCAUCAUGCAGGUCGACGGCUGCGUAGCCGGCGAUAAGGCGAACGGAAGCAAGACCAAUCCCACACCUUCGGUGUUCAGUAAGGAUCAGGAGAGAUGUUACGGCAUGAAUAACUACAUGCAAUUCCGAUUCGCCAUGGGUGCGCCCGACAAGGAGCAGCGCUUCAUCAACGAAGUCCGCAGCACCACGGAGCGACUCCAGCUGGACCAUCCGACCAUCUUCGCAUUUCACGGUUCCCCUCUCUACAAUUGGCACAUGAUCAUUCGUGAAGGUAAGCCGCUUUGCAAAGACUACACUAAUCGUACAUGAGAGCAUGAGACUAACGGAAUGACAGGUCUUCACUACAAGAAUGCCGACCAUGGCCGAGCUUACGGCGACGGCGUCUAUCACGCAAAAGACGCCAGCACUUCGAGUGGCUACUCUGGCAUGUAUCGAUACGGUGGCGCCUCAGAUAGCGGCAAAUGGCCUUCGAGUGUCCUACGUAUCUCCAGCGCACUUGCGUUGAACGAAAUCGUCAAUGCCCCGAGCGAAUUCACGAGCUGCAACCCAUAUUACGUCGUUACGCAGCUAGAUUGGAUUCAGACACGGUACUUGUUUGUUCAAGUUGAUCAGAAGGACGGCACCGUCGCCAUUGGUCAGGAAAAGCAGCCAUCGAAUGCCUACCCGCAAGACCCUAUGCGGACGCCUCAGGGAACCAGCAGCAAGAUAGUCAUCCCAGCUUCCGCCAUCAAGUCUCGUAACGUAAGCUCAUCUCCACGAAACUUUAGUGACGAAACAUACUGAUUCCCCAAUAGAUGACGCGGCGCGCGGAUGACCCCCCAAAGAAUCCAGGUCCUCUCAAGAAGCUCAAGACGCUAUUGGGCAGCAGAGCUGCCCAGCCGGUCGUAAUCGAUGAUGACAGCGCAAGCGUAGCCACCGACGAGGAGGACAUUGCCAUCUUAGAAGAAGAACCACCCGAGGAGAAGCGUGCACCAGCUGCCUUUGAGAACAAGAUUGUCACCAUCAACUCCGGCCCCAAGACCGAUUUCCAACCGGGUGCUUUAGACUUCAGCAAGCUUCCCAUCAUGCCGCUGCCUAACUACGCUUCUUCAGGCACCACGAAGCGCCUCAUGAAGGAGCUCCAGAACCUCCAGAAGGUCCAGGAGUCCAGCAACCUAGCAGAGCUCGGUUGGUACAUCGACGUUGAGAAGAUUGAGAAUGUCUACCAGUGGAUCGUGGAACUUCAUUCCUUCCACACUUUCGAGGUCAAGGGCAAGCCACUGCCACUUGCUGAAGAUAUGAAGAAGCAGAACCUCAAGAGCAUCGUCUUGGAGGUUCGCUUCAACAAGGACUUCCCAUUCACGCCACCGUAUGUGCGCGUCAUUCGGCCUCGUUUCCUCACUUUCCAGCAAGGCGGUGGAGGCCAUAUCGUCAUGGGUGGUGCCAUGUGUAUGGAACUGCUGACCAACACUGGCUGGUCCUCAGUUUCCUCGAUGGAGUCCGUUCUGAUGCAGAUCCGCAUGGCAAUUGCUUCGGAGCCGUUUGCGCGUCUGGAUCAGUCGGGCCGUGGCGGCAGCAUCGAUUAUGGCACUGCUGAAGGCGCGGAAGGGUACGUCCGUGCUUGCAACACCCACGGCUGGCAGGUUCCUCCUGGCUUUCGGGAGAUGGCGUACGGUGCAGGCCAAGGCGAUUCACUGUAG